GAUUCAUACAAUCGCCCUUUUCCUUGUCUCCCCUUUCCUCCCUCUGACGCCACAUCUUCUGCGGUUUUUGCUUACUCCCGUCGUGUCCUCUGUAUUGUUUGGCUUGGUUCUUGGAUCAGAAUUUCGGUUCUAGAUCUACGAUUUUCCGCCUUCUUUCACAGGACACGCGCCUCUCCAUCAGCGUCGCCGGUGUUUUCCACCUCCACGAACUCCAGAAUCCGCUCAUCUGGCAGUUCAUGCCGGCGAGUUCGGCCCCGCCUCUGUUGUUUGGUGGUUCGUUUUUGCUGUUUGGUGGUUCCCGGUUCUGCUGCUUUUGUUGGUUUGUUUUUGAUUUUCGUUUUCUCUCUUAGGACGAAGUCGUUACCCUAAGAGGAGAAGUUGUUUUUGUCUCGUCUCUUUUUGGGAUUGAGAUGUGGAUUUCGGUCUCUGUGGUGAUUCUCUCCUUGGGAGAGUUGGGUUCGAUUUCAGUUCGUUGAUGUGUUUUACUUGGAAGUCCCUCUGUGCGUAAAUUUGGUUGUGCCGGCGCGCGAUUGCUAGAAUCCAUGGGAUGUGAUCUUGUUUAGAACUAUUUUCACCCGAGUUGUGGGCUGUACCGUAUGUGAAUGAUUGUAAACCUCCAACUGUUUUUGAAGGAAAUUUCGGUGUAUGGCUAGCUUGUAAUCUCAGGGUCUUGGACUCUGUUUUCUGUAGAGCUUUGUGCUCUCUUGGUUUUCAUAAGGAGGGAGGAGAAGAAAGAAAGUCCUUCUCUCAUGGACCACGACCACCGCCUCCGACUCUACAAUACCCACGUAAAACUCAUGGCCUUCGACCUUCUCUCUCUCACCCAAACCCCUUCUCAUUCUUCCUCGGAACCCAUCUCCUUUUCUCGCAAAGGCACCCUUUUUUCCCGCGCAGAAACCGUCGGCACCGUCACCUCCCGCGAGCUCAAACCCGGAAAGUUCCUCAAAUUCUCCGUCGACGAUGGCACCGGAUGCGUCAGCUGCGUCCUCUGGCUCAACCACUUCUCCUCCCCCUACUUCGCUCGUCGCAGCCCGCCAGAUGUUCGACUCAUUGCCGAAGCGGCGAAUCGCUUCGCAGUGGAGAUUAGGAUCGGGGUUGUGGCCAGAGUGCGCGGGAGGAUCACCGGCUACAGGGGCGCGGUGCAGAUCACGGUGUCGGAUGUGGUGGUCGAGAGGGACCCAAAUGCGGAGACCUUACAUUGGCUGCAAUGUAUUAGUUUGGCUCGCAAGUGUUACGAUGUUGGGACUCCAAACAAGUAGUAGUAGACUUUGUGUUGGUUGAACGAGUUCAAUCAAUGUGUCCUUGAAUUUUUGGUUAAAUGGGUUUUGUUUUGAAUUCGAUUCCUGCGAGUGUCCGAAUGAUUCUUAAUUUAUUUUUGAAUUGGGUUCGAUUUUGAGCUUUGAAUGCGAGUAUAAUUGAGCCAAUUCAUGAUUCUAAGCACAAAAAGACUUGAAUAGAAGGAAAUCGUAAUAAAAGGAUAAGUUAGGGCUC